ACUUCACUUUGUUUUAAUUAAAGACUUCAAAAGGGUCUAUGGGCUCAUUUUUCUCAAGUAAAACCACCAUCAAACCUGUUGGUUAUGUUGGAACAGUCGGUGCGCAUCACCAAUUUUCUCAUAUGCAAUUUACACUUGAGUGAGAGUUACAAAGUUGUGUGUUAAGAGUUGGGAUUCAACAAAGCACAAAAUGAAUCUUAGUCGGCCGUAUCUCAGACAAGUUUUAGAAAGACGAGGGUACACAUUCACAUUCUCCACUUUAGCUUCCUCUGUGACAUGGAAAAGAGGCGGCGUUUCAAUGGUUCAAGGGGCUUCCAGGGGCAUUGGCUUGGAAUUUGUUAGACAGUUGUUAGAGAAAAAUGACAAAGGUUACAUUGUUGCAACGUGCCGUAAUCCUAGUGGAGCAACAGGGCUUCUGAAAUUGAAGAAUGAGUUUCCUGAGCGCCUUGACAUUCACCCGUUAGAUCUGACAGUUGAAAGCACCAUGGAGGACUCAGCUAAUUCGAUCAGAGACAAAUAUGGCUCGCUAAACCUCUUAAUUAAUGCAUCUGGUGUUCUUUCAAUACCCAAUGUUCUGCAUCCAGAAACAACACUGAGUAAGGUGCAGAGGUCAUCCUUGCUUCUUGCUUAUGAUAUCAAUGCUGUUGGUCCCAUUUUGGUUAUCAAGCACAUGUGGCCUUUGUUGAAAGCUGGAGGUGGCUCUGGAACUGACAAAGAUUUUGCUAUUGUUGCCAACUUAAGUGCAAGGGUGGGAUCAAUUGGAGACAAUGCUUUGGGAGGAUGGCACUCCUAUCGUGCAUCUAAGACUGCAUUGAAUCAGUUGACAAAGAGUGUGUCGGUGGAAUUUGCGCGUAAGAAGGAUCCAAUUAUCUGCAUUUUGUUGCACCCAGGCACAGUGGACACUGAUCUCUCUCAACCAUUUCAAAGAAAUGUUCCAAAAGAUAAGCUUUUCACCAAAGAGUUCUCUGUUCAGAAGCUCCUCAGCAUCAUGAACAAUACAAAGAGAUCUGAUAAUGGCAAGUUCUUUGCCUGGGAUGGUCAAGAAAUUCCUUGGUGAUUUUCCCCUGAAAUCUAGACACGACGAUUGGGUAUUUACUUGGUUCCGGUUGAUUCCUCCCGGAGAUGAUAUUCUUUUUUUCUUCUUGUUGAGCAGUAGCUUAUUUUCUUGUUACCUUUUUAUGUCCCUAUAUGAAUAUGCGCCAGUUCUAAUUAAACCAUUAAAUAAGAAAAAUAUUACAGUUCCAUUACAAA